AUAGUGUCAGUACAUCAUAGUCAUUCAAGAUGGCGGCCAUUCCCGCCACUUUAGUUUUAUUUUUAUACAUCACUUUAGCAUCAGGGUACACACUUUUGCGUGAAGAUGACGAUAACGAGAUAGUAUGGCCAUCGGAAUACCACUUCAAAGGAGAAAAACUGAACUUAAAGUCAUCGCUCAAGGAAACCUUUGAAGUAUGGUACAGCGCCGAACUGAACCGCUCCCGCGUCGACUUCCAAAACGGUAACGUCAAGAAGUACUACUACGGUGACACCGGACACGCUUUCGUGAUCCACCCGAUCACCACGGAAGAGGUGACCAAUGAGGAGGUGUGCUUGAUGAGGCCUGAUGUGGAUGAGCAGAUCGACUUCCUUCCCGACGUCUCCGAACUCACAUACACAGGUCAAACCAUGACUCUGUACGACAAAGUAGUGGACGUAUGGUCCAGUACUGAAGAAUACGAAGAGAAGGUGCUUCGGGAGACCACUCUCUACGUGUUCAAGACUGAUGCAGGCAUCGAUCUGCCUGUCCAGCUAGUCAGAAAGACGUACAACUAUGACCUCGGGGAGGUGUCUGCUCACACCAUCUCCAACUUCUUCGACUAUACUGAUGAAAUCUCUGAGGAGGAGCUCACCGUCGAAAAUGAGGACGAUUGCGAAGACCCGUUCGCUGACAUUCCGGACUACAAGACUACCAUGAAGUUCUAUCACCCGGAUAUCCCAGUAGAGCUUGAUGCCGCCUUCGAGAUGUACACCACCCACCAUGGCAAGCAUUACCAGGAUAACGAGCAUCAGAUCAGGAAGGCCAUCUUUGAGAAGAACUGGAGAAUGGUAGAAGAACACAACCGCAAAAACUUAGGCUUCAGGGUCGAACUGAACGACUUCUCCGACAAAACUGAUGAAGAACUCAAGUACUUGGCUGGGACCUUCCCCUCCAGUCGCCAGGACCCUGACAUGCUUCCCUUCCCUCACACCCUGCAGGAGAUUGAUGAACUGGCUGAGGAGUUACCUGAGAACUUUGAUUUGAGGAUCGAAGGAGCUAUUACCCCUGUUAAAAACCAGGGUCACUGCGGAUCUUGCUGGGCCUUCUGUACCACUGCAGCCGUUGAGGGAGCCAUCGCCAGGAGCAAUGGAGACAGGCUGCUGGACCUCAGUGAACAGUCACUUGUGGACUGCGCUUGGGGCUUUGAUAACUUGGGCUGCAAUGGCGGUACUCUGGACGGCGCCAUGAAGUACGUGCUCACUCACGGUAUUCCUACUGAGAUGGAAUAUGGUGUCUAUGAAGCUAAUGACGGCUACUGCGCCAUCCAGAACAUGACAUCCCCAUACAAGAUCCGCGGCUUCUCUCAAGUGACUCCCCGCAACCCCAACGCUCUGAAGUUAGCUCUCGUGAAGUACGGGCCCGUCACCGUCGGAGUCCACGCCAGCUUCGUCAUGCAGCACUACUCCAACGGCCUUUUCUAUGACUUCUCCUGUGAGGACUCAUACGCCAACCACGGGGUCACCGUGGUCGGUUACGGAGUACGCAACGAGGAGGAGUACUGGAUCGUCAAGAACUCCUGGGGCGAGACCUGGGGAGAAGACGGCUACAUCCUCAUCUCCGCCAAGAACAACAACUGUGGGGUGCUAGACUCCCCCUUCUACCCCAUCGUUUAGAAUAGAACUAUUUAAAUAAAUUCCACGUGCUUUUUUA